UUGAUUUUUUUAUCAAAUUUUAUAAUGGACUCAUCCAACUCCUCUGGUGCUUCGAGUAGUGAUAUUUUCAUGCUUUCUGCAUUAUCGGUUGAAGAUUUUGAAGAAGCAAUAGAUGAGCAUGGACAAGGAGGCAACCAAAUGAUAAGGAUUGAGCUGCAGGGUGUCGUUGGUCGUAUUGUAGUUUGGGAUCAAGAUCACUCCGAGUUCAUUUCAGAGACUUUAAUGGAGGAGUUCAUUCAUAAUGGAAUAAUUGCUUUCAACAAUCAACGCAUACAAGAAAAUGUAGAUAUUCGCCGUCCUUUAUUUUAUGAAAGGACAGUCGUUCUUUAUGUCAAUGUUCUGCUUCCGACUUGGGUAGUAAAUGAUGGAACAAAUAAUUGGAUUAGAGUCGAGGUUAAUUUUUAAUGUCUAAUGAAUAGGUAAAUAACUUUAAUAGGCUUUUACCUGAUACUAGGCGAAAUUUGAAUGAUUUCAGUUUCUACUAGAAAUUUUUUUCUAAAAUCGUUUUUUGCUUUUCGAUUUUCAAAUAGUGUUCUUAGAUUUGUUUUAAAUUUCCCUGACUUUUGAGAAAAAAUCUU